AUGGUAUGUGAUGAUAAAUAUAGAAUUUUAAAUGUGAAUCCCAAGUUUGGAGCUGCAAAUCAUGAUUCCUUUAUAUGGGAAAACAGUAAUUUAAACACAUACAUGCAAUCUUUGCACCAAAAUGGAGAAAUUGUCUGGCUUUUAGGAGAUUCUGGAUAUCCCCAACGCCGAUGGCUUAUGACACCAUUUUUAGAUGCUGAGUCCAAUAAUUAUAAUGAAAAGCACAUGAGAGCUCGAGUUGUUAUUGAAAACACAUUUUCAAGGCUGAAAAAUCGAUGGCGAUGUCUGCACAAGGUUUGCACUACAAGCCCGUAA